AUGUUUGUUGCAACUGCUUUCAUCUUGUCUACCGCGCUACUUGCGUCUGCCGAACGCUCCUUGUCUCUCAAGGUUGCCACUCCCUCUGCUGAGAUCACCGAUGUCGACAACUUCCGCGUCGCUGCCACCGUCUCCAACACCGGAUCUGAGACUCUCCGCCUGCUCCGCGACCCUCGGUCUCCUCUCUCCACCUGGGCUACUGAGAGCUUUGGUGUGGCUGUUGCCAAGGCCGGACGUGCGGAGUCGUUCGUGGAGCUGAAGCCUGGGGAGUCGGUGACUGUCGAGCAUGACCGUAAUCGCUGGGUGUACAACCUGACGUCUACUGGUGUCGGCGCAUACACUGUGGAUGCUGCAAACCUGUUCCGCGUUGUUGAGGCGGACAGCUCGCUGACUGACAUCUACGCUGAUGUCGUUGCUGCCGAAGUCAAGGUUCAAGGCAAGCUUGCUUCUUUCAAGAAUGCGGCUGUUGCUCCUCCCGUAUCCCGCAUGAGCAAGCGUGCGACCUAUUCGAGCUGCUCCUCCACUCGUCAAACCCAGAUUGCGAGCGCUAUUACUUCCUCUGCUUCCUAUGCCACUGAUUCAUACAACCAUCUAACUUCCAACCCGUCUGGUUCAACUCGCUAUACUCGCUGGUUUGGAACCUGGUCAAGCAGCCGGUACAGCCUUGCUCUCAACAGUUUCUCCCGCCUACGCACAUAUCCUGCCGGUUGGGCGUACGACUGCACUUGCACUGACGCUGAUACCUACGCAUAUGUUUACCCAAGCCGUUACGGCACAGUUUAUCUCUGUGGCUAUUUCUGGACUGCCCCCGCCACCGGCGCCGGAUCUCGUGCUGAUACUAUCAUUCAUGAGGGCACUCAUUUCACCCAAGUCUUGGGCACUGAUGAUUAUGCAUACGGCCAAUCCGCUUGCCUCUCGCUUGCCUCUUCCAACCCCACUAAUGCGGUCUACAACGCCGAUAACCAUGCAUUCUUCUCCGUCAAUGCAUAA